UUUGUUGAAUCAUACCGAGCGCUUCGGGAAUUUACCCCAGUAGUGGAACAGCGUUCGUCGCGCGAAUCGGAAAAAUUUCGUCUGGACUGGAAAAAUUUGCCCGGGUGAUUUUCUUUACGAAUUAGAUGGUGGGUGUUUUCAGUUUUUGCUUGUGAAUAAUUGUGGCAGAAAUCAAGGAAAAAUUGAAAGGAUACAGCCUGGCUGGAUGUAUAAUUUUGUGGUGUGAUUGAAGUUUUUUUUUCGGAAUAUGAUCUGGUGAUGAAUCAUCCUUCGUUUGUGGAGUAAGGAUAUUCUAUUUUGGCUCGAGAACACCCCACAGCCUCCACAUCUUCUUAGACAAAACGUCAAACAGGAAGUCUACCGAACGGGGAAAAUGUAAGCAAAGCAAUUAGUGGAUGUAGGCAACUGUGAAUUAUUGAUGGAGAAUUGGGUGAAAUUUCACGGUGUUUGAUAUAAAGUCGGGACAAAAAAGCUUUCGGAAGCUUUAAAAGGGAACAGGCCAUUUUUAAGGUUGUUUUGAAGAAGGAAGCCCCAUAGAUAAUCGAUUUUGCAUUUACUCGUUUCGGGAAGCGAAAAAGCAGGGCAGCGAGGCAGUAGCGUCGAAAGAGUGCUAGUUUUCUAUUAUUCAGUUUGCUAUUACUGGAAAAGAACGGAAACAAAGCACCAACAAAAAAAAAAUCAUCUCAUCUCAGCAUCAUUUCUGGUAACAUCCUUUCGCGGCAUAGUUCGAGGAAACCCUUGUAGCAGACAUCGAGACAACAAACAAGCAGCAAGGACAAACAGCAAGUUCACAGCAGUCCCGAAACGAAGGAGUCGAAUAAAAGGAUGGCACUGGAUUUCGCUGCCACCUACAAAGUGCUGGUGCUCGGUGAUUCGAACGUCGGCAAAACAUGCAUCGUACAUCGAUACUGUGACGAGCGAUAUUAUGACACGUACAUCUCCACCAUCGGAAUCGAUUUUAAGCAGAAGCUCAUCAACCUGGACGGGGUGCCCAUCAAGCUGCAGAUUUGGGACACAGCCGGCCAGGAACGGUUCCGAACGUUGACCACGGCCUAUUAUCGGGGCGCGAUGGGCAUCCUGCUCAUGUAUGACGUCACCAGUUUGGAGUCCUUCAACAACCUGUCCUACUGGCUGAGGAACAUCCAGGAGAAUGCUUCGCCGGAUGUGGUCAAGGUUCUGGCGGGCAACAAGUGCGAAUGCAAUCCUCCACAGCGAGCGGUGGAAAAGGACCGGGGUGAUAAAAUUGCAGAAAACUUCGAUAUGCCAUUCUUCGAGGUGUCCUGCAAGCAAAACAUCAACAUCGAAGAAGCGUUCCUAACGUUGGCAAGGAAAAUUCGCGAACAACGAGAACACCGGGGAGAAAAUUUCGACGACGGUGACCGCCAGAAGGGGCUCCAGGAUAUGAUCAAGAAUGGGCCGGGUUCUAACGGGCUGGGGCCAUUCACGUUAGGCAGUGGAGGCGAGGGAGGCCGAUGUUCCUGUUAAUUUGGGUCUCUGAUUUCUGUGGAUGUACUAGUGACGAAUUUCAAUCGGCGAUACGAAGUAAAAAAAAAAUGAGUGGUACAGAGUUGACAAAAAGACUUGAACUAUUUCCAUUUUGUUUGUUUUUGUUUUUCUGUAUUAAGAUGGCUCUCAUUGUAAUCAACCUUAUCAAUAUUCUAUUUAAGUUAAGUUUACAUUUUGAAUCAACCGUUUGAACGAGAAAAGGAGGAAAGGAAAAAUAGCACAAAAUAUUCCACACCUGGAAUGAUUACAAGCUGGUAGAAAGUUAGUUCAAGGUGUGAUACUAUUUGAGGAGUACCCAUAUCAAAAUAACUAGAACAACAUAUGUUAAGUGCUAAAAGAGGAAAAUAAAACAUACGAAUUCUUGCGUCUUUAUUCGCAUCAACUGGUCUCAACUGUUCCAUUGUCAAGCGUUCAAUGAAUUUGUUAUUGAUUUAACUCUUCAUUACUUCCGAUUUGAACUUUUUCAGUGCAUCAAUAAGUGUCUAUCGAGUAAGCUAGUAACACACAUCGUAUAACAUAGAAAAUUAAUGCGAAAUUUAGCAUGAAUUUACCGAUAUUACUUAAAUAGAAAGUAACAAAAAUAUUUAAAACUGACUGUCUUUCAGCGGCCGCAUUUGUUCGCUUGUUGAUUGAUAAAAUACUGUACGACACGAAAAACGCCUUGUUAAAAAGCAUAAAAUCACUUUCUGUUCGAGUGUUGAGGAAGAUCUUUUUCCUUUGAUUCAUCAUACUCAUAACGUUUUUAAUACGUUCAAAGCAACAAAUAAAGCAUUAGUACUAUUUUUUUUAUCUCAAAAACUACAU